AUGGCUAGUCGACUUGUGGUGCUUUCCCUAGCUAUCGCGGCAGCUGUUGGGUCAGUCUCGGCCGAGGCACCGGCAGCCGAACCUGCUGCCGCCCCCCAAGGCUCCUCCUCCUCGUCAUCGCCCCUCGCUAGCUCCCCGUCCCCCACGGCAUCGGCCCCUGCCGUGUCGAUCUCCCCCAAGGCUCCUCAGGUCUCCUCCCCCGCCUCUCCUGCUGCCACCCCAUCCGUCGAUGACACUGCCAUGACACCAGCACCGUCUCCCGAUGCCGAUUUGUUGUCCCAGCCUGCACCCUCCAGCAAGGCCUCCGUUGCACCAGCGGCCGAUGCCUCUGACUUGGCCUCACCGGCCGAGGCCCCAGCCAGCAGCGGCGCAGCCGCAGUCAAGAUCUCGGCCUCCGCUGCUCUCGCUGCCGCAGGGCUCUUUUUCUUUUAA